AUGUCCAGCGUUGAACAGGUCACCCUCGGUCCAGGCUUGAACAAUGAUGGUGUCGCCACCAAAAUGCCCGCCAUGACUAGCUCUGCUGCCCCUGUCACCAACGGAGGCGGUCUCGUGACCGUCCAACCUCUUCGACGAUCCGAGAUGCAGCCCUCGUACAAGCAGAACCUCGGACUCGAAAACAUUGAGCACGGCUUCUACGGCUCACUUAUCAACGGAAUCGGUGCGGUCGCAGGCUUCUUCGGCCAGAUCCCAUGCUGCAUCUGCUGUCCCAAUCCAUUCCAGGAAAUUGAACAAGGCAGUGUCGGUCUCGUCUCAAGAUUCGGGAUGUUCUAUAGAAGUGAAGACCCGGGACUUACCAAAAUCAACGCUUGCUCGGAGUCUUUACAACGAGUCGACGUUCGAGUGUCUACUACAAAAAUAGGCUCGCAGUCGGCUAUCACGCGGGACGGCGUAUCCGUGACAGUGGAUUCUGUGCUGUUUUGGCACGUUUCAAACCCGUAUCGGGCCAGCUACGGUAUCAACGACGUGCGAAUGGCGCUUAUCGAGCGAGCGCAGACCACUCUGCGAAACGUGAUCGGCGGUCGUGUGCUGCAGUCGCUCGUCACGGAGCGAGAGCAAGUGGCGCUCGAGGUGCAGGAGAUAGUCGGCGACGUCGCUGAUCGCUGGGGUGUGCAGGUGGAAAGCAUCCUCAUCAAGGAUAUUGUCUUCUCCGAGGAGCUACAGGAGUCACUCAGCUCUGCCGCCAAACAGAGGCGAAUCGGUGAGAGCAAGGUUAUUGCUGCUCAAGCCGAGGUGGACGCUGCUCGACUCAUGCGACAGGCCGCCGACAUCUUGGCUUCUAAGAGCGCUAUGCAGAUCCGUGCGCUUGAGAGUUUGCAGGCCAUGGCCAAGACGGCCAACAGCAAGGUUAUCUUUGUGCCCAUGAACCUCAACGACCUCUCUGGCGACGACAGCCUUCCUGCUGGAGGCACUAGACCUGGUGCCAGUGAUGCACCUGUCGCUUCGGGUUCUGGCUCUGGCUCGAGAAGCGGCCACAUGAUCCCUACUGCCGCUCUUUCUCAGCUUGCUGAUAUGUAG